UAAAAUGUCGAAAUAAUUUUUAUUCAAGAAGAUCUAGUGGAAACAAGAAGAACAUCGUAGCACAGCUCAAAGGAUUUGGGAGUGAUUUUUUUACCAUCCAUCACUCAAAUUUAAGAACGGAGUAGUUGAAUGAGUCCCCAAAUAUAAAAAGAGUGUUAACACCAUCUAAAAAGAACAUCAACGGCAAGAAAACAACCGAAAGAAAAGCUAACAAAAAUAGUCUCGGUAUCCGGCAAGACACAUUUUGUCAGCUUUUUUCUGGAAGAAAAUAGAAUUUUUUUGUUAGUGUAACAACAACAGUUAAGCAAAGAAGCAAAAAUGGAAGACUCGAAGCUCCAAGAGCAGCAGCAGCAACAACAACAGCAGCAGCCUCAAGACUCCCCACAAGGUGAUGCUGCUCAACAACAAAAACAGCCCCCGCCUGUAAAGGAAGUUAUUGCUACCAAGGUUACCGGCAGCGUCAAAUGGUUCAAUGUUAAAAGCGGCUAUGGUUUUAUUAACCGUGACGACACUAAAGAAGAUGUGUUUGUCCAUCAAAGUGCUAUCAUCAAGAAUAAUCCCAAAAAAGCCGUACGCUCUGUUGGCGAUGGCGAAGCUGUCGAAUUCGAUGUGGUCAUCGGCGAGAAAGGCAAUGAAGCUGCAAACGUAACUGGACCCUUUGGUGAACCAGUGCGUGGCAGUCAAUUUGCUGCCGACAAACAACGUCGCAAUCGCAGCAUGCCAUGGAGAAGAAAUCGUCGCCGCCAGGGUGGUGACCAACAGCAAAACCAACAGCAGCAGCAGAACCAACAAGAUGGCCAGGUACAACAUGACCACGAUGGUGGUAAUCACGAUGGUGGCGAUGAACAACAACAUCCCAGGCAACAGCGUAACUUCAGACGGGGUGCUGGCGGUGGCGGCCCUCGCCGUGGACGCGGUGGACGCUUUAGGGCCUACUAUCCACGCAAUCAAAGUCAACGACGUCCAGUUAGCGGCGGUGAUGGUGGUAUGGGCGGCGAUGGCGGCCACGAUCAGAACGCUGAUCCUAAUCACAGGGGCGGCGAUGGUCAAGGCGGUCAAAUGCGCCGUGGUGGUCCACAGAGACGUUUCUUCCGUCGUAAUUUCAAUGGUCGCGGCGGUGGACCACGUGGUGUGCCACGUAAUGACGGUGGCCAAGGGGGACAAGGCCAAGGACAAGGACAAGGUCCCCGACGCAACAGUCGUCCACGCCGUCCAAACAACAGAAAACCCAAUAACGGCGGAGGACAAAACAACCAACAACAACAACAGCAGAAUGUUGGCCAAGAGGUUCAAAAUACCACUACUGAAAGCAGCGCAUAGACAAUCAAUGAAUUGAAAUAUGGCUGGAAAUCAACAAAACAACAACAGCAACAACAGUGGUGGUCAAAAGAGAACAGCCAACAAAACAUAACCUAAAAAAAUAGCAAUACAAAAUUUUAUCUAAUUUAUGAAAAAACAAAAAUACAGCAAACCAUCUUUACUGGAAGAAACCAAAAGAACUAAAGAAAACAACAUCAACAACAACAACUAAGAAAUCAAUCAACCAAACCAACAUCAACAACAACAACACCCUCCUAUUAUCCUUGAAACCAAUUUCCUCAUCAUUAUUUUGUUUGUUUGUGCUAUUUAUAUAGUAAGUGUUCUUCUUCUUGUUUUCCCUGAAUGAAAAAGGGGAAGGGGUGAGUCAUCGGCGGGAAUAUCUUAAAAUAUAUUGCCAUUUAAAAUUUUGUUUUUAUUUUCUAACCUAAAAAAAAAAUACAUUUGAAUGGAGAAAUAGCUCUCGAAAUUCUUAUGUAGCUGUUUUAGUUUUCCAAAAUA